AUCGAAAUGUCUCGGCGGUUUUCGGGUUUGGUGCGGUUUGAUCUGUGCGCCUACGACGACUGAAAUUGAAUUUGCCUGCUUUGACACAAUUCACGAUGGAUUUCCAAUACGUUUACAUCAAGAAGCGCUCGGAAUUUGGGCGACAAUGUUUCUUCAACAGCGAGCCAGCCGCCAUCACGUGCGACAUCGCGCCGAACGCAGAGCUGGCCGCCAAGUUCCUGCACGUGAACCCGGUGCACCGCGGCACGCAGGUCGGCUGCGAGAUGUCGGAGCAUGAGGUGAGCACGGACCGCGCCGAGUACGCCACAACGGGCGUCGAUCACACUGAGGGUGGCUGGCCCAAGGACAUCAACCCCCAGGACGUGGAGCAAACGACCCGCUUUAAGAAGAAGGUGGAGAAGGACGACGUGUACAUGUCCUCCGUGCUACAGCUCGGCUCGAUGAUGGAGCACUGCAUCAAGCAGAACAACACGCUGGACAUCUACGAGGAGUACUUCGGUGGCGAAGGAGGUGACGCCCCCGGGGACGACACCACCAGCGCCAAGACCAUCAACGUCUUCCGCGACCCCUGUCCCGUCCACAGGGCGGUGUCCAGUCUCAGCUGGAGUCCGGACGCCUCUCAUCUGGCCGCCGCCUACACCAGCCUGCGUUUCCAGAGCAGCGCCCAAGACCUGCCCACCCAGUCAUUCGUCUGGGACGUGGAGAACCCGAGCCGGCCCGACUACACCAUGGCGCCGCCGGACUGCCUGGUCUCGGUCGAGUUCAACCCGAAGGAGUCGUUCGUGCUGGCCGGCGGCACGUACCGCGGCCGGGUGUGCUGGUUCGACCGGCGGCGCGGCCCGCAGCCGGUGGAGAUGAGCACACUGGAGGCCAGCCACCGCGACCCCGUCUACAGCACCGUCUGGGUGAACUCCAAGUCCGGCACCGAGCUCUUCACCGCCUCCACCGACGGCAUGGUGCUGUGGUGGGACACACGAAAGCUCUCAGAGCCGACGGAGACGCUGAUCAUUGACGUGAACAAGACGCAGGAGCCGUCGCUGCGGCUGGCGCAGGGCGCCACCGUGCUCGAGUACGAGACCACCAUCCCGACCAAGUUCAUGAUCGGCACCGAGCAGGGCUGCGUCAUCCAGUGCAACCGCAAGGGCAAGACGCAGACGGAGAAGAUCGCCGCCAUCUACUCGGCCCACCUGGGUGCCGUCAAGCAGGUCCAGCGGAACCCGGCCUUCCUGAAGAACUUCCUCACCAUCGGCGACUGGUGCGCCAAGAUCUGGUCGGAGGAGUGUCGCGAGAGCGCCAUUUUCUGGACCGAUAACGGCGAGGUGCGCCUGACAAACGGGGCCUGGAGCCCCAGCCGACCUUCGGUCUUCUUCACCACCAAGGCCGACGGCACCGUGGACGUAUGGGACAUUCUGUACCAGCAGCGGCUGCCCGUACUCACCGUACAGGUGGGCGACAGUCAGCUGGAGACGCUGCGGGUGCAGGAGGCCGGCUCGAUCCUGGCGGCCGGCAGCGCCGACGGUCAGAUCACGCUGCUCGAGCUCUCCGACAGCCUCGUCAGCUCGCAGAAGAACGACCGGCUCGUGCUGACGGCGAUGUUUGAGCGGGAGACGCGACGUGAGAAAAUCCUCGAAGGGAAGAAUCGCGAGGCGCGACUGCUGAAGAAGAUGAAGGCCGACAGCGCGAACUCCGCCGUGUCUGAGCGCCCGUCGACCAUCUCCCCGACGCUGACGGCCAGCGCGCGCGCCGAGAAGGAGCAGAUCGAGGUGGAGCUGAUCGAGGAGGCGCAGAAGAGCUUCUUCGGGACCGUGUACAAGGUGGGGCCGUGCGGGUGCCGCUGGACGCUGGCGCUACAGGAGAAGGCGGCACGCCAGGAGUGCCAGCAGCGGCAGAUGAGCGAGAAGGGGGUGGAGGCGCAGCUGGACAGCGUCGACUUCCAGGCGCCCGACCUCAGCGCCGACUCGCCCGGCCCGCAGGAUGCCGCUGGCGCUAACCUGGCCAGCUCGGCCGCCAGGCAGGGCUCGGUUGGCUCAGUCGCCGCCAAAUCCUCGUCCACCGCCGCCGCCAAGGCGUCAUCCACAAUGGCCGCCAAGGCCUCAUCCACCAUGGCCGCCAAAACCUCGUCUACCAUGGCCGCCAAAACCUCGUCCACUAUGGCCGCCAAAACCUCGUCCACCAUGGCCGCUAAGCUCUCGUCCACGGUGGCGGCCAAGAUCUCGUCGGUCAUGGCCGCGAAAACGUCAUCCACGGCCACUGCGCGCAAGUCGUCCACUAUGGCGGCCAGGACGUCGUCCACGGCCGCCGCAACAGCCUCGUCGACGGAAGCGACGCAGGCUUCGUCGGCGACGGGCGCCUCAUCGGCGACGGACCAGAUCGCCGACGUGGUGGACGGCCUGGAGGCGGCCGUCGACGACCUGCUGGACCCGAGCCGCGAGGAGACCGAGGCCACGUCCCCCGAGGACACGGCCGACCAGACCACCGACUCGUGA